AUGUACGGAUUGCGUCUCAUCAACAACAACUACGUCGCCAAUGGCACGGGCAAGGAUGUCACCAUCACUUACGAUCCCAGCUUCCGCGGCGGCAGGCUUGGGAGCGUGAAUCAGAUGCAGCAUUUUCCGCGCCCUCAAGCGGGGACCGUCAAGCUGCGCAAGCUUCCUGAUACUGGAUUGGAUGCCCGGGACGAGGGCUACAAGCAAAUUCUGAAUUGCGGAAGAUCGGCGGGGUCGACGGUGAAAGAAGCAAAGGUGAAGAUCCGAGAGGGCAGUAAGUUCAGGUUCCGUGAUGACGCCAACCAAACGUUUGGCACCGUCAUGUCCUUGAAAUCCUUGCCAGCCAGCCGCGAGCUGAUUCGAGCAUCCUCGGCUCCGAGUCUUCCAUCCGGCCAGAACUUCAGGACACGCUGGAAUCUUCCCGCGUCAGUGAUUGACAAUGGCGAGGAAGCUCUGGCUCGCCAGGAGGAGAAGACUCCCUUGGCCGAGAAGAGCUUGCUUCCCACCUACUGGAGGCCCAAAGACCCCGCACUGGACUGGCCAGCGCCGGGAUUCCUGCACCCAUGCCAUGGCUUCUCCAGGACGGAUGGAGGGAUGCCAUGGCCGAACUGA